AUGCCUUCGUCAAACCCCCAAAAGACCACAGGAGUCGAAAUUAAUAAUGACUCUACCGGGAUUGAUCCCGAUUUCGAUUCCUCGCGGCCUCUCUUCCACUCGCGACACUCCUCCGUAAAUAGUCACACGUCGAGGACCUCGAGGACCUCUCAGCGCCAGGGCGUCUCUCGUCCCUCUAACAGCGCACUGAAUGCAGUAAAGCCGAAGAACUCUUCAACACCAAGGGCUCCCGUAGGAUCCUCCCGUCAACAUCACGACAAGGACUCGUCCACGGAUGACGCGUCUGACGAUGACAAUAUGAUGGCGACUAACCGACCUCCGCAAAAUUGGAUUGGGGGUCAUCGGUCCAAAUCACAGGUGCCUUUGUUGAAGGAUGAGGAGCGUGGCCGGCGGAUAAGUCGCCCAACUUCUGCUGACGGAAAUGAUCUGACUCGGCCUACUUAUAUGACGAGGAGGAGGUCAACGUUAAGAAGUAGGACUCCCGAAUAUUCCGCCAACAAUGCAACGCGGAGGAAAUACUAUGUUGCCUCGUUUUUCCUCGUCGUGAGUUUGGUGAGUUUCGUCGUGCAGACCGAAACAGCUGUGUAUAUUCAGCAUGACUUAGGAUGGGAGAAACCGUACUGCAUGCUUUAUUUAACUCAUGGAUCGUGGAUAUUCCUUUGGCCCGUGCAGCUACUACUACUCCGAAUCCAGAAACGUAAACUUUCAUGGGAUGCAUUCUGGAGACGGCAUAUAUACAUUGUCCGAACCACGGCACAGAUGGUCGAAUCCCGGAACCUCCACCUCACCACACGAAACCUCCAUCAAUCGCCAGUCCGAUAUAUCCUCCGAACCACUGCGCUGGUUGCAACUUCACUGACCGUUGCUGGUGGUUCAUGCAAUCUACAAUUGUUCUGCUUUUUUUGCAUGGAUGGAUGGGUGCGUGGUGAACGAGUUAAGUGGCCGGUUCGCACCCCGGUGAUUUGUUAG